UCCUUUUCCCUCCCCACUCCGCUGUUCUGCUCCUCUCGAAGCAUCGAUCUCUCUCUCUCUCUCUAUCUCUCUCUCGAGCCAUGGCGAAGGCAAGGGCACACUCGUCGAAGCGACCCACCCCCCACCUCCUCCUUGCGGUUUCCCUCUCCGUUUCCGUUCUCCUCCCGCUGCUCUUGCCGGCGGCGGUGGCGGUGGCGGAGGGAGAUGGGGAGAUCAAGUCGGCCCUGGGGGCCGGGAGGCAGUGGGCGACCGGGAAGGACAAGGGGGAGCUGGUUGCGGAGGGGGAUACUGCUGGAGGCGGGUCGGUGGAGGAGGACGAGUUCGCGGGUGGCUUCGGCUCCCUCGACAGCAUGCUGCAGUGGGCGAUCGGAAAUUCUGAUCCGGAGAAGCUGAAAGAGGAGGCGGCUGAUGUGCAGAAGUUGUCUGCAGAUGAGCUGCUUAAGCGGCGCCAGGAGAUCAAGGAGUUGAUGGAGAAGUUAAAGAUGCCAUCCGAUGCUGACUUAAUGAAAAUUGCAAUUGCUGACUUAAAAAAUUCUUCCAUUUCUCUGGAGGAUCGCCAACGCGCGUUGCAGGAACUUUUAGUUCUUGUUGAGCCCAUUGACAAUGCUAAUGAUCUUGACAAACUUGGGGGCCUCCUUCCUGUGAUUCAAGAGCUUAAUAAUGCAAAUGAAGAAAUACGGACCACCUCUGCUUGGGUCCUUGGUACAGCCAGUCAGAAUAAUGCGCAUGUACAAAACCAGAUCCUCGGUUAUGGAGCUUUGGCAAGGUUAGUGAAGAUGGGCUAUUCUACAUCUUCAGAAGAAGCUGCAAAAGCAUUAUAUGCUAUAUCUGCUUUGAUCAGAAACAAUGUAAAUGGUCAAGAGGCAUUCCGUUCAGAAAAUGGGAGUGCAAUGUUGCAGCACAUAUUGGUGAGCAACAGUAUUGAUGUUAGGCUACAGAAGAAGGCAGUGUUUUUAGUGACAGAUCUGGCUGACUUUCAGCUAAAUUCUGGAAACCCACAACUUCCUUUCUUAAGUGACCGCCUUUUCCUGAAGUCAAUAAUUGAUAUGUUGUCAAGGUUUGACCUAGAUCUCCAUGAAAAGGUUUUGUUGGCCAUUAAGAGUCUACUGAAACUUUCCUCAACUGAUGCGGAUGACUUUGAGUUCUAUGACCUCGGGGGUGUACUGCUCAGACUAGGGGUGCAGUUGGAGGACUUGACACCUGAAGAUCAAAAGGAGUUCGCUGGGGAAGUUGAUGCCCUUCGAAGAGAAGUUGAGGCUCUCUUCCAACAGAAGCUCAAGCAGGGUAAAGCGAGCGCGACCUGAUAUUUUUGGAUGACCACCAGAAAGAUUUGCCCUUUUGGAUGCAGUGUAAUCCAUCAUUUUUUUUUGUGGGAUGUUACAGUUAGAUGGCUGGUUUGGGUUUCUUUUUCUAGCAAUACUCAGAAUCAUCAGUCGGAAGCGACGGGAGGAUGUCAGGAAGCAAUGUGGCAAGGUGUGUAGUAGUAUAUGAUGCCGUGAUAGGUAAUAGGUUAGACACAUGCUUAUGACUAAUUCUCACAACGUUCUGUAAUACGGGCACUGCAACGAAGCCAUUUUUCCUUGUGCCGUUUCGGCUGCAGCUUCCUUUCGAGAGCAAUUGAAUCUGAUGUUGAUCA